AUGUAUGAUCGGGCUUCCCGCUUGCUCAGGUGGGCUGAAGGUGGCAGCACUGAGGCCCAUGUGGGUCCCGGGUCCUACCAGGUUCCUUUCCGGAGGCAGCAGGCAACAGGUAAGAUAGCCCCUUUUCCCCACAUUCUUUGCCUUUUAGUAAAUUUUAAUAUUUGGUUCUUCAUUUCCUCUUCUCUUGCCUUGAGUCAAUAAUAUAAAAUGUUUUCCUUACAGAAAAUUUCAAGAGUACCUACAGUUACUAAAAGUGUUGAUGUUCCUUCAAUUCCUUCUUGUGGGAAGUCGUGUGGUUAUCAUAUUAAUGAGGAUGACAGUAUUACGAAAUGUUUUCCACCUGCUAGUGAUAGUACACUAGGUCCAGCAUAUUACAAACCUCAAUUUGAUGUUUCCAGUGCAACUUUGAAAUACAAAGGUAUACAUUUUGGCAACUCUUCAGGAAGAAGAGAGUUACCUAAACAGUCAGGUCCUGGUCCUGGACAGUAUGAUAUCGUCCAUUGGAAUUCACAGGUCGGUGGAAUUUUUGAUGAAUUGCCUAACUUGACUAACAAAUAUGCUGUUUUCCUGUCAAGAGCAGAAAGAACUACUAAAGUGCCAGAUAUGGUUAUUCCAGCACCAGGCAGCUAUGAUGUUCAAAAGUCAUAUAACAUGUCCCAAGUUAAACAUAAAUACAUGCCACCUCGUAGUUUAGUGGCCAAAAGAAAACAUUCCUCCUUUCUUAGUGCAGCUCCUCGAUACGUGGGAAAAAUGCCUGAUGGUCCAGGGCCUGCAUCAUACAAUCCUGUUUUAAGGAAAUCUUGCCCCAUACCCAUAUUCGUUAAAGCAUCAAAGCGUUUCGAAGAUUCCAAAGAGAUUACUCCUGGCCCAUCAGAAAAGUUGUUUACUGACCAAUGCCAAACAUCCACCCUCUGGCCCUUUCUUUCUCCUGUCACCCCACUGCAAGGAUGGCGCCCCUUCAGGUUUGGUGCGCUCCUUCCCUUAGCCUUGGCUGAGCUAGUUGCAUCUGACAGGAUAUUGACACUCCACUCGGUGCAGUAA